GAAAAAAGAACCGAAUUUCAUUGAUUCUUCUGAUAGUUCUCACUGACAGUCUGACGGACGGGAAAGGGUUUUGAUUAGGGUUUUUUUACCCCUAAAAUCUCACUAAUCGAUCAAAAUAUUAGGGUUUUAUUCAAUCGGCAAUCUAAAAUUAGAGUCGUUUCUUUUGUAAUUUCUGAUUGGUUUCAUUAAAUUUGUCUGAAGAAGAAGAAGCAGCAGCUGCAACAAUGGGUGUUCAGAAGAAAGGUGCAUCCAGGGUUUCAGAGGAUCCUGAGGAAUUGACACGCGUCCCCUUGCAGGCCAUUCUUCUGGCUGAUAGCUUUGCUACCACUUUCAGACCCAUCACCCUUGAACGCCCCAAGGUACUUUUACCAUUAGUAAAUGUCCCAAUGAUCAAUUACACCUUAGCAUGGCUUGAAUCAGCUGGUGUUGAGGAAGUCUUUGUUUUCUGCUGUGCUCAUUCCAAGCAAGUGAUUCAUUACUUGGAGAGUACUGAAUGGUUCUCUCAACCAAACUUCUCAGUACAAACAAUAGAGUCACACAAUUCAGUGAGUGCUGGAGAUGCUUUGCGGUUGAUAUAUGAGCGCAAUGUGAUACAUGGAGAUUUUGUCCUAAUUAGUGGAGAUACUGUGAGCAACAUGUCGCUUACUCAGGCACUUCAAGAACACAAGGAUAGAAAGAAAAAAGAUAGUAAUGCUGUAAUGACAAUGGUGAUCAAACGGUCAAAGCCUUCUGUGAUCACUCGUCAAUCCCGACUUGGUACUGAUGAACUUUUUAUGGCAAUAGAUCCUAAUACCAAGCAGCUAUUAUAUUACGAGGACAAGGUGGACAAUUCAAAAGGAGUUAUAUAUUUGGAUAAGUUGUUGCUUGCUGAUAAUACUUCACUUUCACUGCACAAUGACAAACAGGAUUGCUAUAUUGAUAUAUGCUCUCCAGAUGUCCUCAGUCUUUUCACGGACAAUUUUGAUUAUCAACAUUUACGACGUCAUUUUGUCAAGGGAUUGCUUGUUGAUGAUAUUAUGGGGUACAAAAUUUUCACACAUGAAAUUCACUCGAGUUAUGCGGCUAGGAUUGACAACUUUCGGAGCUAUGAUACUGUUAGUAAAGAUAUAAUUCAGCGCUGGACUUACCCAUUGGUCCCUGAUGUUAUGUUCUUUGGAAGCUCUGUAACUAAAUUAGAAAGACAAGUAAUGCACCGAGCAUCAGAAGUGGGGCAAUCACGUUCUGUGCAUAUUGGUCCAUUUUCUGUUAUCGGAGAGGGCACUAAAGUUGGGAACAACACCAGUAUAUCAAAUUCAGUUAUUGGGAAAGGGUGCACUAUAGGAUCCAAUAUUUCUAUAGAAGGUUCCUAUGUAUGGGAUGAUGUUAUUAUUGAAGAUGGCUGCAAGCUAACCCAUGCCAUAGUAUGUGAUGGAGUGAUAAUGAAAUCUGGAGCUGUUUUGGAACCGGGUGUAGUUCUGUCAUUUAAGGUUGUAAUUGGACCACAAUUUGUUGUUCCUUCAUAUUCAAAAGUAUCUUUAUUUCAACAGCCUACUACACUAGAUAGUGAUGAAGAGCUGGAAUAUGCUGACAAUAGCAGUGGCGUUGUUGAAAUUCCACCUGUUGAUGGUCCUAUGGAUAAUUCAAAUGGGGAAAUAACAUCUGAAUUAAAGACACAAUGCUGGCCUACAUCGCAACUUGGUGCUGGAGGAGUUGGUUAUAUUUGGUCAUUAAGUGAUGGAGGCCAUGAUGAAGAAUGGAGGCAUUCAGUUGCUCCCAUUACUGCUGAAAAACUUGCCGAAGUAACAGAUGCUAUGGAUGAUGAUUUAGAAUUAGCUCCAGAUGGCAGUAUUCUCCCACCUUCUGGAGAUCUGAAACAUGAUUCUAAUGAUUCAGAAGAUGAUGAUAACAAUGGCUUUAGGGAUGAUUCAAUUGAUUUUGAGAAGGAGGUUGAAGCGACAUUUUUAAGAGCUGUACAUGAAAAUAUUAAAGUAGACAAUGUAAUCUUAGAAAUCAAUUCACUUAGGUUGUCAUACAACAAGGUAACUGCAGACUGUGCUGGAGCUCUCUUUUAUUCCGUGAUGAAAUUGGCACAAGAAUCUCCACUUAAUACAGCUAGUGAAUUGCUUCAACAUACUUGUAAUGUAAUUACAAGAUGGAAGAAACUUCUGAAGUAUUACCUGGCAGAUAUAGAUGAGGAGAUUGAGGUAAUACUAAGAUUUGAAGAAAUGUGUUUGGAGUCUGCUAAAGAAUUUUCCCCGUUAUUUACGAAGAUAUUAUGUCACUUGUAUGACCAAGAAAUUAUACAAGAGGAGGCAAUUCUAAGGUGGGAUGAUGAAAAGAAAGAUGCAGAUGAGUCUGAUAAAGUUUUUGUAAAACAGGCCGAAAAAUUCAUUCAAUGGUUGAGAGAGGCACCUGAAGAGGACGACGAUGAAGAGGAGGAAAGGGAUGAGUGAGUCGUAGGGGUUAUCUCGGCGACUCCUAUUCUUUCAAUGGAGGAUGUGUCAGUGUCACAGACAUGUUGAUGUACAAUUUCUUACAGUGGUAAUAUUGUACAAAAAGGAAAUGGGGCUCUCGAUACAAAAGAAAGAAUGAAACUCGGGAACUCGUAAAAAUCUUGAAAAAUUCAGUGAUCCAUGUAAAAAAGAAAUCUCAAAUUUCUUGCACCCAUCAAUUUUGCCCGAUUUUGUUUACCUUUAUAAUAAAAUUUUGUUGUCUUUGAAAUCUAGUGUGGAAUUUGAUGUGAGAUUGAUUGGUGUUGAUAGAAUCAUCACUAAAGUGGUCAUUACUUUUAGCUUAAUUCAUUCUAAUGUGGCAGUCUUUUCUUCUUUUCUAUUUUUGGAGCUUUUCCAAAAGUGCUUUGGAGUUAUUUUGUAUUGUGUUGAGGGCUGUGUGGAAUGAUCAUAACAAACUGGGUUGUGUUUGGUUUGUAGAGUUUGCUAAUUUCAUUCUUCUCAAAUGAACUAUGAUGAUAUGGAGCCUUGUGUAUCUUUGACUAAGGCGCGUUGAUCUC